UUUUUUUGUAUAUUCUAUCGCGAUAAUAUCUAUCUUAAUUUUUAAUAACGCAAACAUUUUGCGCUAUAUCUUUAUCAUUAGUAUCACGCCAUCUUACAUUUUAUGUGUCAUACUAUUGUAAACUAUACUCGUCAUUGACGUAAAUUUGUGGAAUUAUUCGUAGCCGGGUAUAAUUACGUAUAUUUUUUUGUCUUUUUUCUAUACGUUGAUUUCUAGCAUUUAUAAUACGUAAAUAUGGAUGGAGUCGGUAACUCUACAGAAGUUGAGAUUGGUGGGCCAAGAAAUAUGCAGCAGGCAGCAUCUAGCAAAAAACUGCAGCAAACACAAGCUGAGAUUAACGAAGUGGUGGGAAUAAUGAAAGUUAAUGUAGAGAGAGUAUUGGAGAGAGAUCAGAAAUUGUCGGAGCUUGAGAAUCGAGCCGAUGCGUUACAACAAGGUGCGACACAGUUUGAACAACAAGCUGGUAAACUUAAAAGAAAGUAUUGGUGGAAAAACCUUAAGAUGAUGAUCAUCAUUGGUAUUAUAUGUGUUGUGAUCUUGAUCAUUAUUAUAUAUUCGGCUGUACCGAAUUCUUCAGAAUCUGAAAAUCCUUAAAUCCAGAAUCUUUAGAAUCUGUAAAUCUGGAGCCUGAUAAUGUUGUUUAAGGGUAAUAUAACUUAUCAUAUUUGUCGAGUAUUUGAAUAUUUGGAUUAUACUAUUAAUGAAGUUUAUCUGACAAGAAUAUGUACAGGUUAUAAUGAUAGAACAAAUUUCAAUGUAAAUCUAAUGUAUGAACUGGUUUAUAACAUAAUUCAGGGAUAAAAAUGAUACGCAUAUUUUUGAGACUUAAUCUAUAUGAUCGCACAAUUUGUAUAUUAAAUACAGUAUUAAUAUGGGUGGCCUUUUAUAAAAUAAUAUUGAUGUUAAAAGAUACUAAAGUGUUUUAUGUCGUUGCAAUGCUUAUUGUACGUUUAUCGAGGAUAUAUAAUAUAUAAUGUUUAUACUUU